AUGAGCAAGCUCUGGGGCGGCCGCUUCACCGGCAAGACGGAUCCGAUCAUGGAACGGUUUAACAACUCCCUGGACGUCGACCGCGUGAUGUGGUCGGCCGACAUUGCCGGCAGCGUCGCGUAUGCCACGUCCCUCGAGGCAGCGGGUGUCCUCUCUGCGGCAGAGGCGGGCCAGAUCCGCGAGGGGCUGGGCAAGGUGCGCGAGGAGUGGGCCUCGGGCGCCUUUGUCGUCAAGGAGGGCGACGAGGACAUCCACACCGCCAACGAGCGCCGGCUGACGGAGCUGAUCGGCGCGGUGGGCGGGAAGGUGCACACGGGCCGCUCGCGCAACGACCAGGUGGUCACCGACCUGCGGCUGCACCUGCGCUCCGUCUGCGCCGAGCUCGCCACGGAGCUGGCCGGCCUCGUGGACCUGCUCAUGCCGGGGUACACGCACCUCCAGUCGGCGCAGCCGGUGCGCUGGUCGCACUGGAUGCUCGCCCACGCGCAGGCGUGGCGGCGGGACCACGGCAGGCUGGUGCAGGCGGCGGAGAGGAUGAACGAGUGCCCGCUCGGCUCGGGCGCCCUCGCCGGCAACCCGUUCGGGGUGGAGCGGGAGAGCCUCGCUUCGGCGCUCGGCUUCGCGCGGCCGACGGCGAGCGGCGACGGACGCGGUGUCAAUGCGUCCUCACUGGCAAACUCGAUGGACGCGGUGUCGGACCGCGACUUCGUGGUCGAGCUCUCCGGCUGGGCGACGCUGCUCAUGGCGCACCUGUCUCGCUUCGCCGAGGAGCAAGAGUCGUCUCGGCGCGGGAGCCGCGAGGCCGACAUCAUCGUCUUCUCCACGCAGGAGUUCGGCUUCGUCAAGUGCGGAGACUCGUACUCGACCGGCUCGUCGCUGAUGCCGCAAAAGAAGAACCCGGACGCGGCGGAGCUGCUGCGCGGAAAGGCGUGCGCCUAA